AUGGGAGCGGGUUUCCUGCUGCCUGCAUCGCCCAGGAGUCAGAGCUGUGAGAGACAGGAAGCCAGAGACACAGGGACUGCAGCUGGAGGCCCAGGGAUCUCAUCAAACCGGCUGCUGCUGCUGCAGAGAGAUUCUGGGGCUGCGGAGAAGGUGGAAGGAAAAUGUCUGAAAGGGUUUCUGGCUUGCAGGUCCCAGUGUCAUUUGCCGAUGUCUCAGUCUGUUUCACCCGGGAGGAGUGGGAGAUCUUGGCGGAAUGGCAGAAGAAGCUGUACUGGGACGUGAUGAGAGAGAACUAUGAGAUGCUGAUAUCGCUGGCUGACUGGGGUGAUAUGCCAAAACCUGCCCUCCUGCUGCUGACGGAGGAAGGGGGAAAGCCCGGUGCAGAGGAGGCCUCUGCCUGGGAGGCCCUGGCCCCGGUGUCUAUGGUUGCCGAAUGCCUGAAUGCAAGUGGAAAGGUGAAACUGGAGGACAAUGAAGUUGAAAUCCAAAUCCCUGAGCGUCUCCCUUUGUCUGUGGAGGAAAGGCCCGUUUCGUGGGGCUCGGAGAGCAGUGCGUCACCUUUGGGUGGUCAGCUGCACACGGCCCCCCAGGCUGCUCUCGGCGACGUCGAUGGCAAAGCUCCCGCUGUCCUCACUAAGUGCAAGCCAGAGCCCUUCGGGGAGGUGGAAGUUCCACUCGAGUGUCCUUUGCGGCGUGAUGGUAGUUUGCGAUGGCAGCAGCAGGCCGACGGCCCCGCCCCGCAGGAGGCUCGCUGCUGUGUGAAGGAAGAGAUUGAAGAUGGCGGCUCUGGAACGGGUUUCAGUGCUCAGCAGUACCAGAGCGCCCCCAGAGAAGAGGCAGAGGCUCCUCCAUGCACCAAGUACGAUGAAAGCUACAGCCCGUGGCUGGGCGCCGCCGGCAGCCAGAGGACUCGUGCGGGAGCGGAUCCGUCCAGCGGCAGCGAAGACCAGAGUGUUGUCAUCUGCAAGACCGAGAUAAUGGAUGACCUCCAGGUUCACGUAGUGGAGGAGCCUUAUCCGGGCGAGUCCCCGGGCGGCGAGCAGCAGCGAGAUCAGCUCCUGUGGUGCUCCAAGUGCGACAGAGACUUCCUGCGCCGCUCGGACCUGGUGAGGCACUGCCGAGUGCACAACGGCGAGCGGCCGUACCGCUGCAACCGCUGCGGCAAUGGCUUCCGCCGGCGCUCGCACCUCAACGAGCACCUGCGCACGCACACGGGCGAGAAGCCCUUCCGCUGCAGCCUCUGCCCCAAGAGCUUCAGCCGACGCUCCACCCUCAACAAGCACCAGGAGACCCACGCCAAGGAGCAGCCCCGGAGACACGCCGAGUGCCCCAGGGAGCCAGCCUGGCAGAACGACCCGCCGAAGCCGCGCCGGGCCCGCAAGGCCUACCGAAGCGGGAGGGGCCACGCGACCUUCAGCACGCUGGGGCCUGCGGCCCAGCACAAGAGGAUGCAUGCCGGGGGGAAGCCCUUCUCUUGCGGUGUCUGCGGCAAGGGCUUCAGCACGCGCUCCUACGCCGCCAAGCACGAGCAUGCCCACCUGGAGGAGCGGCCCUACCCCUGCGCCCUGGGCCCCGAGAGCUUCACCGGGCAGCAGGCCCUGGCCAGGCGCCAGCGGGCGCCCAGCGGCGAGAAGCCCUUCCCCUGCGGCUUGUGCGGCCGGUGGUUCCGCCGGCGCUCCCACCUCAGCGACCACCUGCGCACGCACACCGGCGAGAAACCUUUCCCUUGCCACCUGUGCCCCAAGAGCUUCAGCCGGUGCUCCACCCUCAACAAGCACCAGGAGACCCACAUGCAGCCAGGCCUGCGCGCUGCCCAGGACAGGGACCUCCUCCACAAGCUGCCCGCCCGCAGCCACCCCGCGGCCAAGCCCUACCCCUGCGGCAGGUGCCACAAGAGCUUCAGCACCCGGGCCUAUGCCCUGCGGCACGAGAGGUCUCACACCGGGGAGAGGCCGGGUCCGCCUGGCGUGGGCGACCGGAGCUUUGGCAGACAGACUCGCACCGUCAAGCACGAGACCGACCCCCGGGGAGAGGAGCCGUGUUGGCCCCAGGGCCACGGGAACGGGGUCUGGUCACAACCGCUCACUUUCAAGGAGAGGCCAUUCCCAGGGGCGAGCGUCCUGGGGCGAGCGCCGGAGCAUCCACCCGCUCCUGCCAAGGCCAAGCCCUACCCCUGCCCUCUCUGCCCCCAGAGCUUCAGGAGCCCGCUGGCUUUGAAGAGGCACCAGCCGAGCCACACAGCGGAGAAGCCCUUCUCCUGCAGCCUGUGCCACAAGCAGUUCCGCCGGCGCUCCUACCUCAGCGUCCACCGGCGGGUGCACCUGGAGAACGGCCCCUACCAGUGCGCCCUGUGCGAGAAACACUUCAUCUUCAAGUGCGACUUCGUCAAGCAUUACGGCUUCCACACGGGCGAGCGGCCCUACCCCUGCAGCCGCUGCGCCCGCAGCUUCCGCAAGCAGUCGCACCUCACCGAGCACCUCCGCAUCCACACCGGCGAGAAGCCUUUCCCCUGCACACGGUGCGGCAAGCGCUUCGGCCGCCGCUCCACGCUGACCAAGCACCAGCAGAUCCACGCCCGGCGCGCGCCCCUCCGCUGCGCCGACUGCUAGAAAGCCUUCGCCGUGGAGUCGGUCUUUAUCAUGCACCAGAAAAUGCAUGGCAGGACGGCCACGCCCAGCAUGUGACUCCGUUUCCAGAAGCACGGCAUACCUGCAUGGGCCACAACAUCUGGCCAGCUGAUGAUCUGUAGCCAGCUGCUGCAUGAGACAGGGAGUCACUCCAAAGGCCAGCUUUGCUGACUGCCAAAGUGGAGAAGGGGUCUAGUCAAUUGCCGUGUGCCUCCCCCUUAACAAAUGCACUAGAGUUAUUCUCAUGACUACAGCAUGGAAAGCUUUGCUUGGAUCAUACAGCAGGCUGGAGGAUACAUAAGACAUAAGAGAAAUGAUUUAAAUGUAUGAGCUAUUCAUUAUGCCUCUGGGUGAGUCCCCAGCAGUGGGGAUUGAACCUGGGAUAUUAUCAACACAUGAGCCUCUCUCCUGCUUGGGCUAAAAGACUCAGCUGUUUAAGGCUAAGAACGGCCACGCUGGGUCAGACCAAAGGUUCAUCUAACCCAGUAUCUGGUCUUCCGACAGUGGCCAAUGCCAAGUGCCCCAGAG